UAGUGGGAGGGGUGGGACUAGGCUGCUAGGAAAUAGGGCUAGACGUGGUUCAUCUGGAUGAGAGAACCCCAUCGCUUGUAAUUGAAAGGGCCAGAGCAAGCUUGUUCCACUGUAAGCCACAGGCUCCACCCCAUGUAAACAAAGGAGGGCAAAAGCAAUAAGCUCUCCCCAUCUCAGUCCCUGCUUAAACCCCCUGACACACAUAGUGACCUGUGAACACUCCCCCACUUCCGCCUCAGCUUUGCCCAGAGCUAUCACUUGCCUUUCCUUGCACCUUUGUCUCUGUCCCCAGCACCAGGUCAGGGCCUGGGGGAGGCAGCACAGCAGUAGACUCUAGGACUGGCCCAAGGUCCCUCUAGGGGAGGAGCCAGGCUCUUCCCCCUCAUCCUCCGGGGAUCUUACGAAUAUGCUCUAUCUCUCUUAUCUCCAGUUGUCACAGAGGACCAGGGCUGGCUGGCUCCCUCCUUCUCCCCACCCACUCCUUGUCCAGAGAGCCUUGUGUUUACAUCUUCUGUGACAGUGCUUCUUCUAGAAGCGGCCAGUGUGACAGCUCUGGAGAAAAUAGUACAGAGCUCAUCUGAGAUCCCAGCAAGAAGACUUGAUGGGGAUGACUGAUGGCCUAAGGGGGCUCAUCUGAGGACCUUGAACCAGCAUCUGAGAAGACCAAGGAGGAGAAGCUGUCCAGCACGAGGGCUCACGAACCCCAUCCUCGUUCUUGAAUGGAGAGCUAAGGUUCUGAAACCACCCACGUUGCUCUGACGUCAGGUGCCACAGGGGUCACAGACCAUGGAAACGGUGGUGAUUGGGAUGGUGGCAGUACUGUUUGUGGUCACUGUGACCAUCACCUGCAUCCUCUGCUGCUUCAGCUAUGACUCAAAGACGCAGGAUCUUCAGGGGGGCCCUGGCCACAGCUUCACGGUGGCCACAUUUCACCAAGAAGCUUCUCUUUUCACAGUGCCUGGUCGCGAAGUGUUGAGUGCUGGAGACUUCUGGACCAUCAUGUGA